UUCCGCUGAGGUGUGUCGGUGUACCGUUUCUACCAAUAUGAAACCAGACCUCUGAAACGUUUAGGGUGUUUUGUUUUGUUGGGUUUUUAAAUACGGCGAUUCUGUUGCAGGACGUCGCCGGCGACCCCCCCCCAAAAAAAAUGUAAACUGUAAAUGGAAACAGCCUUCCUGUGCGCGUGCCGUCCAUGGCGGGGUGCCGAUCAGCUGCGAGCUGCGCGGGGAGGAAGUGAUGCGGGACACAUUCCCGUCAUGUUCGCUCGGUGACCAGCAAGGGGGGGAAACACAAAGAAACUGGCCGUCUUUAAAACAAGGCAUUCAUAUUUUAACAACCGGCGAAACUGCUCGCUGACGCGCAAGUCCUAAGGCGGCCGUCGGUAGACGAUGGGAUUUUCUAAAAAAAAGAAAAAAAGUGACGCAAACUCGCUCCUGCUGCCGAUGAAGUUUCUGGCCAGCUAGCUAGCUAGCCGGCUAGCUAACGUUAUAGCAACCCGAGCUAACGCGACGGGUUUGCCUCUCGUCGCCUGGGAGUUUUUGUGCGCUAGCUCGGCUAGCUAUCAGCUACAUAGUGGGGUUGGCAUCAUCACCGCGAUGCGCACUCGAUUCCCGCUAACAUAAUUUUAAAAGUUAAGCUAGCUAGCUAGCGUUAGCAACCCGAGCUAACGGGACGGGUUUGCCUCUCGUCGCCUGGGAGUUUUUGUGCGCUAGCUCGGCUAGCUAUCAGCUACAUAGUGGGGUUGGCAUCAUCACCGGGAUGCGCACUCGAUUCCCGAUAACAUAAUUUUAAAAGUUUUGCGAAUGUCAAGGUCGCCACAAUGGAGUAGAAUUAGAUGACACUCUCAUCUAGAGUGGCCAGUGCCGUCAGAGGAACUGUCUGGUCCAAGGGUAUGUUGAGACAUCUCACAGGGCCAGCACAGAGGCAUCCAGGUGGUGCAGACGGGCCCUGAAGGAGGAGAGGAAAGCCAGCAGAGGGACCAGAGAGAGCAAGAGACAUGGGCCAGUGUGUCACCAAGUGUAAAAAUCCAACGUCUUCGCUUGGAAGCAAGAGUGGUGACAAGGAGAGUGGCUCCAAGUCCCACCACAAGAAAGGCGGCGGUGCUGGUGGCGGGGGAGGGCACAAGGAAGAGACGAGCACACUGUGCAGCAAAGCUCCCAGUGAAUUGUCCAAUGGCACCAAGGCCAUUGAGGUUAGCGUGGAGACUCCUAUCAUCCCUGCGGCAAUGGGGGACCCAUGUAAGGAGGAGCGUUUGGCAGACGGAGAAAAGCUGUCCCUGCUGCACAUUGAGGAGCUCUUCUGUUGCUACAAGGAUGAGCAGGAGGAUGCCAUCUUGGAAGAGGGCAUGGAGAGGUUCUGUAAUGACCUGCGUGUGGACCCUGCUGAAUUCCGUGUGCUUGUGCUUGCCUGGAAGUUCCAGGCGGCCACCAUGUGCAAGUUUACGAGGAAAGAAUUUGUGGAGGGCUGCAGGGCUAUCCAGGCGGACAGCCUCGAGGGAAUAUGCUCACGCUUCCCCUGCAUGCUGCUGGAGGCCCAGGGUGAGGAGAGCUUCAAGGACUUGUACCGCUUCACCUUCCAGUUCGGCCUGGAUGCUGAGGAGGGCCAGCGCUCACUGCAACGUGACAUUGCCAUCGCCCUGUGGCGCCUGGUCUUCACUCAGGACAUGCCAGCCAUCCUGGAUCGCUGGCUGGACUUUCUUGCGGAAAACCCGUCAGGUGUGCGGGGCAUCUCACGGGACACAUGGAACAUGUUCCUCAACUUCACGCAGGCCAUUGGGCCCGACCUGAGCAACUACAGUGAGGACGAGGCCUGGCCGAGCCUCUUUGACACCUUUGUGGAGUGGGAGAUGGAGCGCAGGAAACGGGAGGAGGAGGAGCAACAGGAUGUGAAGGAGGAGAGAUGUAUUGAGACUGAAAGUUCUCCCACUACAGACAGAAUGGAAACAGAGGGAAGCCGCGGCUCACAGACUUGGGGGGGGCACUGACUACACGACAAGAACUUAAUGGGGAAAUGCGGGGGGGGGUCUGGAGAAGACAGGAUAUGUUCUAUAAGUGAACUUUACAUCUGUGAACCGUUGGAUGGAUAUUAGUAUUACCAUUACCACUCUUCAUUUCUCACUUUCUCUGCCUUUCCCACUCCUCUGUCACCCCCCCCCCUGCUGAGUGGGAUUCUCUCUUUACAAUGUUGCUUUCUGGUUUUUGAAAGGGCUCGAAGAACUGUUAUAUUUUAAGCAAUCUAUUUAAGUUAUUAUUUUACUUUUUUGUUUAUCUUUCGCUCCUGCAAGAUGUGUUUUUAGCAAUUGGAAGCGUGGUCCAUUUUAAUUCUUCAGCCACCCAUCAUAACCCCUACAGAGUUUGUUCGGUAACAACUUUUAAAAUAAUGGAUAACAGGCAACAGGAAGCCAUACCUUUUAUUAUGAACCAUGUUUGAUGGCUCAUUUUGACCUGGUAGCACCAGUGACAUGACCUUUUGCCCAUGGAAAUAGGCUUGCUUAUUCAAAUUGCUCAAAGAAGGGAAUUUAGGACACACUGUCCUGUAAUUAAUUCUAUCAACACACAAGUAUUAUCCUCUGGGUGGGGGUGGGGGUCAAGGUUAGUGAAAUCAACUUUAAUUUGGUACUAAUCUAUUCAGAAUGUGACACAUAAACAGUGUCCCAUGAACACAUACUGGAGAAUAUUCUGUAUUCUGUUGUCUAGAGAGCUGUUGACCUGCAGUUAUAUGGCAGACAAUGAAAUGCUCAAGAUCUUCUUGUCAGGGAAUAUAAUCUUUGAAAGUGCAUAUGAUACAGAUGUUACAUCUGAGUGUUUUUCAAUCCUCAAAGUUAAAAUAUACAUGAAAUUUCAAGUUGAUUUCUUUGAAAACUGCCCCACUUUUGCCUUUGUAUGGAGUGUUGAUUGAGUGCUGUAUGUAGUGCUGAAGAAAUCCGUGUGUGUGUUUGAUGGUAUGUCAAGACAGCUAGGGUUGUGUUCCAUUUCCGCCUUUAGCGCCUGUCCUUCUGCCGCUAGCAGACCUCCAUGAUGCGUGUGAGUGUAAACAGUAUGACCACGCUGGCUUUUUCUAUGCUGGCUAAGUUGAUUUCACCUAUCCAGUUCUCACUGGAGAUGGCAGACGGGCAAGAGCUAGGUCCCGGUCAUUUCUAGACAUUAGACAGCUUGCACCUUGGCUACAUUCAAGACGGCUAAUGUCAAGACUUAUAUUGUUUUCCUUCAACAGUUUGAAAAUGAAAUGUCCCUCACCUCUUUCAGCAAAUACACAAUAGUAUUGUCAGCACUUAAUAAAUACGUCCUCUCAUUGGCAGUAAUGAAAUGCACAAAAGCCAGUGGUCUGCCAAGUGGCCAUACUUUUAACGCUUUGCAGAGAAUGAUGUCAGCAACGUUAUUUUAAUUUUAACGGUUUGAAAAUCGUUGAAUGAUCUUAAACAUAGCCUACGGUGUUUUGGGAAAAGUGAGUCGUUGACCUGGUCUACGGGCUCAUUUGAAAGUCGGUAACUGGGUCCGGUGUGGUAAGGGGGUGCCCAUAACCAGGUCUCGUGAGGUUUACAUUUUCAGUGGUUUGAUUUCAGACCCCUUUUGUCCUUUUUUAUAUAAAAUGCAUUGAUUUAUAAUUAAUAAAACAGUGUUGAACUUUUG